AAGCUUUGAAAACAUGUCGAAGAAAAUGGCAGACGAGCCAAAGUUGCCAAUAACUCGACAAAUUGAGAAGGAACUUUGUGAAAGAGGAGCUCCUCCAGCCGACGUGAGCCUACAAGAGGUGGAAGAUUGUUUAAUUUACGACCGGCGCGGAAUGUCCCUCCCGUUCAAGAGUUUAUAUCAAGACAGGACGUCCAUACUAAUAUUUGUGCGGAAUUUCUUGUGCUACAGCUGUAAAGAAUACGUGGAUGAUUUGAGCAAAAUACCCAAAGAGGUGCUGGAGGAUGCUGAGGUGGAUCUUGUUGUGAUUGGUCAGUCUGCUCAUUAUCACAUAGAGCCUUUCUGCUCGCUGACGGGCUAUCCUCACGACAUCUACGUGGACCCCGGGAGGAUUAUUUACCAGAAAUUGGGGAUGAAAAGAGAAGAGACAUUUACAAAUUCAGCCCAACCGAGUCCUCACGUGAAGUCUGGUGUCUUCAUGGGCCAGAUGAAGAGCAUAUGGAGAGCCAUGAUGAGUCCUGCUUUCGACUUCCAGGGUGAUCUUCAUCAGCAAGGUGGAGCCAUCAUUGCAGGGCCAGGCUCUCAGGUGCAUUUCUCCCAUUUGGACAUGAACCGUCUGGACCACAUGCCCAUUAACUGGCUCCUGCGACUGGCAGGAGUUCAACAAACUGUACACUUUGGUGAGAAGGCAAAAGUCAUCCAAGUGUAGCCAGCUGACAUCGCUUGCACAUCUUAUUUAAGCUUAGUAAGCCAGCAUGUUGGAGAAAAGGCCUUACAGGUCUUCAUCAUUGAUAUCGACAAUUUCUGUUCUGCAUCCCAACUUGGCUUUUUGUUCUAGCAAUGUUUUAUAUCAAUGGUCCUCAAACCCUUUUCACAAAGUACCACCUCAGAAAACACUUGGCUCUCCAAGUACCACCAUAAUAAAAGUAAAAUUUAAGACUUUUUAAAGUCCUAAAUUUAUUUUAUGACCUGUGUACACGGACGUAGGG